AUGAAACUCCACCACGUUUCUGUCAUUCCGCUAAUUCCCGAAGCGCCAACCUUGAAAGCAGCUCCACGGAACGGAGUAGAACGGCAGUUUACGCGCGCAGUGCUCCGAUUCAUGUCCUCCCCUGAGACGCGUCUGUGCGCCGCGACGGCGCCCAUGUGCGAGUCUCGCCGCCAUGCUCCUCGCCGCCGCGCUGCUCUACUCCGCCCGCCGCUGCCGCCAGUCCUCGGAUCGAUUUCCCAGCGCGCUCCUCCCCUCGCCUCGCGCGCACGCGCUUGA